AUGUCGUUAUCCGACUUAGAAAUUAAAUUAAACAAUUUGAUCUCAAGAAGGUCAGCUUAUUUCGAGCGGGUUCAAAGUAUUUAUAAUUCUGCAAAAAAUUUAGUUGACGAUGUUUCUAUUGAAUUGUUUUUAUCGAAAGUUGAAUCGUUGGAUUCUAUACGGAACGACUAUUUAAGUACGUUGGAAUCUAUAAACGCUAUAGAAACAAGGUUGAAACCUAAUCAUCAGCCCAGCCAUCAGGCUUGGCUGGCAUUUGAAGAUUUGUAUUGUUAUAUAAAAAGACAGAUUACAAAGUUGAAUCUGUCACACGAUUCUAAACCUAAUAUAUCAGCAUCUGAGCCGAUUAAGAGUUCUAGACCAAAAUUACCAGCCCUCCAAAUUCCUGAAUUUUCAGGAGAUGUGACAGUUUGGAAUUUAUUUCAUUCUACUUUCUUGUCAGCAGUACAUAAUAACGACUCACUUACUGAUUUGGAAAAAUUGCAUUAUCUGUUAGGUAAACUCACGGGGCAGGCUAGGUCUGUAUGCGCAGGCUUAACUCCGUGCGCAUCCAAUUAUAGUAUUAUUUACGAGACAUUGGUUAAUAGAUAUGAAGAUCUGCGGUUUCAAGCAACAACUUAUUUGGAUAAUAUUUUUAACUUAAAACCUAUGUCUAGUACAACCGCUGAAAGUCUAGAAUCAUUCGUUGAUAAGUUCGCAUCAUCUGUUGCGGCCUUAAAAAACCUAAAAUUGGAUAAUUUAGCAGAAUUUGUAUUUUUAUACCUCGCAUUAAAACGUUUAGACCCAGAUAUAGUUCGUUUGUUCGAUAUGGAAUACCGCGGUUCUGUGAUACCCAGUUUCGAUAGCUUAGUUACAUUUUUACGUGAACAAAUUAAAAUAUUGCACAGAACUCCUUUUGUAAAAUUACAUCAAAAUAAGUCCGAACGUGUCGUUCCCAGAAUAACUAAACAGACACACACGUAUUCUAGUACAACACAGUGUACACGGGCGAAUGUAAACAAUAAUAAUAUGGUCAAACAGUUUUGUUCUUUAUGCAAUUCGUCAGUGCCACAUGAUAAUUUGUAUAAAUGUGCCGCUUUUUGUAAUAUGUCCCCAUACGAUCGAUAUUUAUUUGUUAGAGGUCAUAGUUACUGUCUAAAUUGUUUGAGUAGUAAACAUAAAAUAGCAAAUUGUAAUUCUGGUAUUAAUUGUAAGGUGUGUAAUAGAAAACAUCAUUCGAUGUUGCAUUUCGUUAGUAACACCGGCAGGCCGUAUGCACAAAACGGCCGCGACCGGUCGCCCGCCGCACCCGCCGCCGCGCCACUCGCGCCGCUCGCCCCUGCCGCGCCGCCCGCGCCGCCCGCGCCGCUCUCGCCGUACGCGCCGCCGCGUCUCACUGAUGCACCGCGCGCAUCGCAUUAUAACUCACAGAUAGCGAAUACUAGUAACGCGACGGCCGCGGACAUUGCGUUAUGCAGUACACAACUAGUUAACAAAACCACUCACAAUACUAUUUUGUUGGCGACCGCACGAGUUAUUGUUUACGAUGUUUAUGGUAGGGAAUGUUUGGUUCGCUGUUUAUUAGAUAACGCUUCGCAAAGUAAUUUUAUUACUAAUAGUACAUGUGAAAAAUUGGGUUUAUGUAACCGACGCAAGACAAAUUUAUUAGUAAAAGGUAUCGGCGGUACGAAUAAGGCUGUCGACACAUUAGUAAAUAUUAAAAUACACUCCCGAUUUAAUUGGAAUAUUUCGUACGAGUUAGAUGCAUUGGUAGUGGAUAGGAUUACGGAACGUUUGCCUAAUAUGACUGUAGAUAGGUGCAAGUUGUCUGAUUUUGACGUGUUACCAUUGGCUGAUGACACGUAUAGCUGUCCAGGUGACAUCGACAUGUUAUUGGGCGCAUCAUUGUGUCAUCAUUUAUUGCUUACAAAUAAAAUUGAAGGUCAGUUAGGUUCUCCCUAUGCUUGGGAAACCACGUUGGGAUAUAUUGUUGUAGGACCCGCGCCUGCUACUUUUUGUAACAACACUGUAACGACGUGUUGUGCUAUAGUAUCGAAUUCUCUGGACAAUUUAAUUAAAAGAUUUUGGGAUUUAGAGGAGAUAUACGUACCUCCUAUUAAAAGUCCAGAAGAUAACGCGUGCGAAAAAUAUUAUAGUAGUACUACAAAACGCGACCCGAUCAGUGGUAGGUAUAUUGUGGCUUUACCAUUUUGUAAGGAUCCGUCCACACUGGGCGAUUCUUAUCAGUUGGCUAAAAAACGAUUUUUAUGUUUGGAACGAAAAUUAAUUGCUUCACCCGCAUUUAAAUUAGCUUAUGACGAUGUCAUUCUCGAUUAUAUAGAUAAGGGGUACAUCUCACCCGCACCUACGUCGGCGUGUGAAGAUAAAUCGCUUUCAUACGUUAUACCGCAUCAUGGAGUGGUUCGUGAGGAUAAGACGACCACUAAAUUAAGAAUUGUUUUAGACGCUAGCGCGAAAACUACUAGUUCCAUUUCAUUAAAUGAUAUUUUGUUUUGUGGCGAAAAUUUACAGGGUAAUCUUUUUGAUAUAAUAAUUAAUUUUCGGUUAUUCGCGGUCGCACUGUCCGCAGACGUGCGACAAAUGUUUUUGUGCAUAGAGGUUCGUGAAGAGGACCGUAAAUUUCAACGACUAUUGUAUCGUUUUUCACCCACCGAUCCCAUUGUUACCUAUCAAUUUAAUCGUGUUUGCUUUGGUGUUAAAUCUAGUCCGUUUCACGCAUUGCGUACAAUUAAACAGCUCGCUGAGGAUGUUGGAGACUCCUUCCCGCAUGCUAGGGAUGUUUUAGAAUUAGGGUUAUACAUGGACGACGUAGUCCAUUCAGUCGACUCAGAGGAAGAAGGGGUAAAAUUGUCCACUGAGAUGAUCGCAUUUUUUAAAACAGCUGGUUUCGAUUUAGUUAAGUGGACAAGUAAUUCGCAAAUAGUUCUUAACUCAAUUCCUAUUUCUCAUAGACUCGCGGCGCUUAAGGAGUUUGAUGAAACUGACACCCAUAAAGUUUUAGGUUUAUCUUGGUCGCCCCGCACAGAUUUAUUUCGCAUUCAAAUAAACCCGCCUAAUGAGCAGUGCACUAAGCGCGCUAUAUUGUCAUGCGUAGCUAGGUUAUGGGAUCUAAUGGGUUUUUUGGGACCUGUGGUUUUAUACGCAAAGUUACUUGUGAAACAAUUAUGGUUAUUGAAGUGUGAUUGGGAUGACGCGCCGCCUGCAUCGAUAGUAAAACUAUGGAGCCAGUACCGUAGUGAAUUGCAUUUAUUAAAUAAAAUUAGUUUUCCGCGUCAUGUUGAUAUAACGAGAGAUAGCGUCGUUACUGUAGUAGGUUUUGCUGAUGCCAGCGAAAAGGCAUACGGAGCAGUAGUUUAUUUGCAUGUUAGUAAUAAUGGAAUUAAUAGCGUUCACUUGAUGUGUUCAAAAUCUAGGGUUUCGCCUACCAAAACGGUAUCUUUGGCACGGCUAGAGCUGUGCGCCGCAUUAGUACUCGCAAAACUCAUUAGAAUUGUGUGUGACACUUGUAGUAAGCGUCUCACUAUUAGCAAUGUUAUCGCAUUUUCUGACUCAACUGUGACACUUUGUUGGAUUUAUUCGUCGCCCCAUAGAUGGGAUACUUUUGUUGGCAAUCGCGUAUCUCAGUUGCAGUCUUAUUUAGCACCAGAUAGUUUCCGUCAUGUUUCGGGUAUAGACAAUCCUGCUGACUGUCUAUCGCGCGGAUUGACACCCGCACAAAUUAUCGAUCAUCCGUUGUGGUUCCAUGGUCCACCCUGGUUAUCGUCGAGCCCUAGCGAGUGGAAGAUAGCGGAGUUCAAUCCCACUAGUAUAUCGAAUCCUCCCGAGGAAAAAACGCAAGCAUUAUUAGUUUCUGAAAUCGAACCUAGUUUAAUUUUGUUAAAAUUAGCAGAUCAGUUCUCGUCGUGGUGUAAAUUGUUAAGAUGUAUUGUUUAUAUUUGUCGUUUUGUUAGACUGCUCCCGCAUCGCAAAUACAUUACCGCAUUUGAUUUACGCUUCGCGGAGUAUAAAUUAAUUAGGCAAUUGCAGAAGUUUCACUUUUCGCAUGAAAUUAAAGCUAUGCAAUCUGGUAAACAUUGUAGUAUCGCAUUUCGUAGACUGAAACCAUUUUUAGAAAAUGGUAUUGUACUUGUUGGUGGACGUCUUCAGAACUCUGAUUUGAGUUAUCAAAAACAACACCCUAUAGUACUACCGCGUAACGGUCAUGUAAUGAAUUUAUUAAUCGAUUACUUUCACAAAAUUCACUGCCACGCUGGCCCUGAUUUGUUGAUGUCAAUUCUUAGAGAAAAUUAUUGGAUAUUUUCGGCCCGUAACAUUAUUCGUAGUCGAAUACAUAAGUGUAACCGUUGCUUUAGAUUGCGCCCUAAACAAGUUUUUCCCGAAAUGUCAAAUCAUCCCGCUUGUCGUGUAACGCCAUCCGUUAAAGCAUUUAUUCAUACCGGUACAGAUUUUGCUGGUCCAAUAAAGGUAACACCGCACCGUGGCCGUGGCAUACGUGCGCGUAAAGCGUAUAUUUGUUUAUUUGUGUGUCUAACCACUAGGGCUAUUCACAUUGAGUUGGCUUCUGACUUAAGCGCAGCUUGUUUUCUAUUGGCGUUUAAGCGUUUCUUAUCUCGUCGCGGACCAGUAACGCAUUUGUAUUCGGACAACGGGACGAACUUUAUAGGAGCUAGAGGAUAUUUAGAUGAAUUGCAUAAACUUUUAGUUUCAAAAUAUUUUAAUUCAGAAUUUUCGCACGUCUUAGCUGAAAAUCGCAUUGAAUGGCAUCUUAAUCCCCCGGCGGCCCCACAUUUCGGUGGGAACUGGGAAUCUAAUAUCAAGAGUCUGAAGAGUCACCUAUAUAAAGUAGUAGGAGAUCAGAUUCUCACUUUUGAGGAGCUUAGCACUGUUCUCACGCAAGUGGAAGCAGUAAUGAAUAGUCGACCAUUGUGUCGCACGUUAACAUCGGAUCCAUCCGAACCGCUUGCUUUAACGCCGGCCCAUUUCUUGACAUCAACACCAUUGAAAUAUUUGCCUGCACCAACUCUUGGUGGUAAUGAAAUUGAUCUUAAUCAACGUCAUUCAUUACUUACCAAAUUAGUACAGUCAUUUUGGUCUCGGUGGAGACGUUCAUAUUUGCAUACAUUGACAACGCGUCAGAAAUGGAAUACUCCGUCGAAUCCCAUAGCAGUGGGCAAUGUUGUAAUAAUUAUUAUAGAUAACGCACCUCCUCUUCAUUGGCCUUUGGGUAUCAUUGAAGAAAUUUUUCCCGCGAAAGAUGGCAUUAUUAGAAUAGCUAGAGUCCGAACUUCAUCUGGCUUGUAUCUACGACCAGUAGUUCGUCUGUGUCCACUUCCUAAUCAGUAA